AUGGGGAAAUGCAGACGGCCUCGGACAGCCUUCACUAGUCAGCAGCUGUUGGAACUGGAGAACCAAUUCAAGCUCAACAAAUAUCUGUCACGGCCAAAGCGCUUCGAGGUGGCCACGUCUCUUAUGCUGACGGAAACGCAGGUAAAGAUCUGGUUUCAGAACCGCAGAAUGAAGUGGAAAAGGAGUCGUAAGGGAAAAGAACAGGGGCUGUCCAAUCACAGCGACAGGAAGAGGUCGGAGGGCAUAGCACCCAGCAAGGAUGCCCAGGAUGACGAUGAGGAGGAGGAAGAGGAAGAGGAGGAGGAAGAUGUAGACUUCCAAAGAUCAGAGAGAGACACAGACAUCUUACGGCACAAUGGCCCGCUCCGCUACAGCCCAGAGUCUUUUUGCUCUGAGGAAGAGAGUGGGGCUCUGCCCUCCCCAUAA